AUGGGCCCUUUGAGGGAGCGCAUUUUACAGAUCGCAGGCAAGAGCACUCCUGCAGCGGAAGCCGAGCUGAAUCGCUUGCUCCAUCCGCCGAAGGCGGCUCCGAAAGCCGCGCCGCAGCCCUUCAUGGAGGCCGAUCUGCAGGUGAUCCCCAUCGACGAUGCGGCGAAGCGGCUUUUGCCCUUCGACUUUCCUGCUGUGACAGAAGCGCUGCGGAUGGGGGGUUUAGAGGUUCUCGAGGAUGCCUCAGGGCUUCAGAUCGACGCCGAUCUGAACCCCAACGUGGUGGAUCCCGACACCUUCGUCCGAGGUUUGCUGGUGACCCUGCCCGAGCCGCAAUGGAUGGAGAACUUCCUCAGGUCCGUCCCCUCGGGCGUGACCGCGGCGCCGGGCGUGCCGGGGAACCCGGACCCCGCCGACGUUCCACCACCGAAGCCGAGCGGCUCGGACCGGGACCCGCCGUUCGGCCGUGCGGUGCCGACGUGGUUCGUCCAGGUCAUCCCUCGUCGUGUGACCAGCACCUCUCAGUUAGGAACCGAUGCCUCGACCACCGAGACACCUCCAACACCUGUGCGCAUUGCUGUUGGCCGCAUGGGGACCUCCCGCAGCACAGGAUCUGAGUCACUUUCGAGCCCAAAGCAUGACUUCGGCAUCCCAGGAUUUGACGGUCCGCCGCGCAGCUUUGACCGUGUGCUCACGCCCAUGAGUGUAGGAUCGUCUUCCGCGCUCUCGCUCUCCCUCAGUCCCAGACGUGCAGAAACUGGAGGAUCCGCAAUAUCCCAUGAUGGAUCCACCUGCCGGAGUGUGGGUCGCAUCCCCACUAUCUGCAGUACAGGCACUGAGUUGUCAGUGCCUUUAGAAGCAGAACUGCUGCAUGGCGUCCGAUUGGACCUUCUUCUGAGCCGCUUUGGGGCACACUUGAAGCCACCAGAUGAGGGCAUGUUCAAUGUCGAGAAAGACUGCUACAGCCUCAGCCGGCCAGUGAAGCGCUUGGAGACCUUCAUCAGCCACGACUGGAAGACCUCAAGAUGGUUAAAACUUUUGGCGCUCCUGAUGAUCUUCAAUAGUGCAGCCGCUUCAUGUGCGACGGCCAUUGUGAGCAUCCUCCUUGGAAUUCUGUUCUCGUUCUCCGGACUACACGACACGCCGUUCCCGCGCAUCGAAGUGUUGCUUCGAUCCAGCCUGGGAGUCAUCAGCUUUUGGGUGGUGAUUUGCAUUUGGCAGCGGAUCAGGGCCGGGCUCUUUCGUCCGAAGAUGGUCUUCUUGGAUAAACUCUGCAUCGCGCAGCAUGAUGAGGAGAUGAAGAGGAAAGGCAUUUUUGGAUUGGCGAGCUUUCUGGAUCAUUCGGACUCUCUUACGAUUCUUUGGUCACGACGAGUCUUCACCCGGCUUUGGUGCGCCUUCGAGAUUGCCACCUUCUUGAGACAUGAUCGGGAGAAGCCCAUCGAAAUGAUGCCGGUGAGGCUCUCUAUGCUCUACUUCCUCUUAGUCAUCGUGACUCAGGGCAUCCAAUUAUCGAACGUGAUUCUGGUCCGCGGAGAGAUGUCUGCGCCCGUCUUGGUGGUGGUGGAAAUCCUCUUCGUUCUGCUCUACUGGAUCAUGAUCUAUGCAGGCGUUGGACUCGCAGAAGAUUUGGGACAGCUGAUUGAGCAGUUGGAGUCCUUCAACAUUGAAAAGGCCGAAUGUUCCUGUUGCUCGUUAAAGCACUUGGAUCCGAGCACUGGCCGGGUCAUACCAUGUGAUCGUGAAUUGGUUCUGCAGCAACUCCGGGAAUGGUUUGGCAGCACCUUGGCCUUUGAUUCCCUCGUGAAAGAUCGACUUCGACAUCGAGUGCAAGACACGAAGCGAUCCUUACUCACUUCCAAAUAUCCGUUUCAUGUGGCGGUCGCCUCGACCUGUCCGAUGCUCAUCGAGCGACUGCCCGCCAUGGCCUCCCAUGACUCCUUGGACGCCGCCCUCCGAGCCCUCGCGCCGUGGGCCAAGCUGGCCGUUUUAGCCCUGGCAUCGGCCUGGAGCGUCAUGGCCGCCUGCUACCUGGGCAUGGGCCGGCUGCGGUGUUUGGGGCGCCCUUUGGCCGCAGCAGUCUUGGUGGUGCCAGCCGUGGGGGCCCUGGCCAUCCUUUGGAUUUCGAUGUCCUUCCUGGAUUCUCAGACAGGUGAGAAGUGUAGCCUAGUCUUGGCCUCCGUCAUGUUGCUCUUUGGCUUCAGCAGCCUCACUCUUCGUGCCCUCCUUCCGCUCCGCGGCCGCGCCUCGCGGCCGCGGACCUCCGCCUCCCGCGCGCGGACCGCGGCCGCGGCCGCGCCACGCGGACCUCGGCCGCCACUGGUGGAGUCGCCCUGCCAGUCGGAGGACGGUCGGUUGGAGGUGGAUUCGGAGGGUCACUCAGAGCUUGAGGUCUAA